AAAUAGAGAAGCCCCCCCUUCCCCUUGUUUCAAAAAAACUCGUCGGUUAGAAUAGAGCGGGGGAGGGAGCCCAGCAAAGAGAGAAGGGAGCAAAGGGAUUAACUACACAUUCCUUUUUACCCCAAAAUCUGCGCACAUUUACUGUUUUACCAACCAUCAUUCAAAAUUUCUUUCUUAAUCUCAUCAUUAUCGAAUCGAAGUGGAUUUUUUUAAUGAGUCGUUUAGGGUUUAAGUCGGUGGUCUAUCACGGAGACGUUUGUUUGGGAGAACUGGAUACUGUUCCUGUCUCGGACACGAAUUUCCAAUUCCCAAACAACGAAAUUCGAAUCCACCGUAUCUCCCCUACCAGCGAACGAUGCAGGCCUCUCUCCGUUCUCCAUACGAUUUCCUCAUUACCUGUUCGUUGCAAGCUCGAAUCCUCUUCUUCUGUCGAACAACCGCAUUUGAUUCACCUCCACGCCUCUUGCUUCUACGAAUUCAAGACGGCGGUGGUUUUGGUUGGAGAUGAGGAGGUUCACUUAGUGGCAAUGCCGAGUAAACAAAAGAAGUUUCCGUGCUUUUGGUGCUUUUCGGUUCCUACAGGACUGUACAAUUCCUGCUUAGGGAUGCUUAAUUUGAGGUGCCUCGCAAUUGUUUUCGAUCUUGACGAAACGCUUAUUGUUGCCAACACAAUGAAGUCGUUUGAGGAUAGAAUCGAAGCUCUUAGGGGUUGGAUUGCGCGGGAGACUGAUUCGAUUCGUGUUUCAGGGAUGUCGGCUGAAUUAAGAAGGUAUAUGGAUGAUCGGUUGCUGUUAAAGCAGUACACGGAGAGUGAUUGUGUCGUGGAUAAUGGAAAAGUGUUUAAGGUUCAAAUGGAAGAGGUUCCUCCUUUGUCUGAUGUCCACGAGAAAGUUGUUCGGCCUGUGAUUAGGUUGCAAGAGAGAAAUAUUGUUCUUACUCGUAUCAAUCCUGAGAUUCGUGAUACCAGUGUGCUUGUGAGGUUACGUCCUGCGUGGGAGGAAUUGAGAAGUUAUUUGACUGCAAAAGGACGAAAACGCUUUGAAGUAUAUGUUUGUACUAUGGCUGAAAGAGAUUAUGCCUUAGAGAUGUGGAGACUUCUUGAUCCAGAGGCACACCUGAUAGGUUCAAAGCAACUACUGGACCGAGUUGUUUGUGUCAAAUCUGGUUCCAGAAAAUCUUUGCUAAAUGUGUUCCGAGAUGGCAAGUGCCAUCCACAGAUGGCAAUGGUAAUUGAUGACCGUUCAAAGGUCUGGGAGGAUAAGGAUCAACCUAGAAUUCAUGUGGUUCCUCCGUUUGCACCAUAUUAUGCUCCUCAGGCAGAGACAACAAAUGUGGUUCCAGUCCUCUGCGUAGCAAGAAAUGUUGCAUGCAAUGCUAGGGGUUUGUUUUUCAAAGAGUUUGAUGAGAAUGUAUUACCGAAAUCUGAAGUUUUUUACGAAGAUGAGGUGUUAAAUCUGCCUCUUGCUCCUGAUGUGAGCAACUAUUUGAUGUCAGAGGAUGCUGGUUUUGCUUCAAAUGGGAAUAGUGGUGUUCCUAUGAGUGAAGGAAUGAAUGGAGCUGAAGUUGAGCGGAGAAUGAACCAAUUGGAGGAGAAGCAUGUUUUGGGCUCUUCCACUCAUCCAGUAACAAAUAACCCUGAGUUGAGGUUUGAAACAUCUCAGCCACCUGUUACAAUUGUUCCCAAUGUCAUUGGUCCUGCAUCUUCAACAGCACCAUUGCCUGCUCAGAAACCUAGUUUACUUGGAGCUCCUGGUCUGCUUUCAACUCCUACCUUGCUUGGACCUUCUGUAAGAGGAGAUAACAACACUAAUGAUAGUGAUUAUGACAUGAAGAGAAGGGCCCUUGGCUCAAAACAGGGUUUAGACUUCAGGAAUCAGAGCUCGGUCCAACCUCCACUCCUAUCUAAAUUACCUGCACAAACAUCUUCAUUGCCAAUACUGCCUCAGGGAGGUUGGUUGGUGGAAGAAGACAUGAACAAAGCACAUCAGAAUCCUUUUUCUCAUACUGCAUCAGUUUCUGUUUCAACUGGUUUACCAUCACAUGCGUCCCAAGUGAAGGUUGAAGAGGCACAUACUGGACUUGAUACAUCAAAACUGAAUGUUCUGCCUACAGCUUAUGUAUCAGAGAGCGGUGGAACUCAGAAUCAUGUGGCUUCUAUUAGCAGAGAAAUGCAGUCUGAAGGUGGAAAAUUGAAUCUUCUACCCUCCCAUUUGCCAAUAGGUGUUCUACAAGAAAUUGGACGCAGAUGUGGUUCAAAGGUUGAGUUCAGGUCUGUGGUAAGCACCAGUAAGGAUUUGCAAUUUUCGGUUGAGGUUUUAUUCACUGGUGAGAAGAUUGGUGUUGGAAUGGGCAAGACAAGGAGGGAUGCUCAGCAGCAAGCUGCUGAGCUUGCUCUUCAUAACUUAGCAGAAAAAUAUGUAGCAUAUAUAGCACCUCGUUCUGGAGCUGUGGAUAGAGAUUUCAAUAAGCUUUCUCUUGGAACCGAAAAUGGAUUUCUGUGGGACGUGAAUCCUGCAUCAAAUGAAGCACUAAGAGAAGAUGGGUUACCCAAAGACAAUUCUUCUGAGGGUGUCUGGGCAAGAAAUUUCCAGAUUAGAGGUAGUGGUUAUCUGGAGAGAAACCACUCCUCUUUGGAUUUUGCAUUGCACCAAGAUGUGAGAGCUAAAACAUUGAAAGGAGAGUGGGCUGGCUUCAUGUCUGCUACUGCUGCCUUAACCAGCUCAAUUUAUCUUUUUAAGAGAUUGUCCGAAUCUAUGCCAAGCAAACGAUCAAAGGAAGAAUUUCUGCGUCGAUUGCAAAGUCUAUCAUCCUCAGGGCAACCAAAAAAAGAGCAUCCUGUUUCAUGAAAAGCCAUGAGAAGGUUUUGAGACGAGCGACACCAAAUUUAUCAUAGCAGAUGUGCAGAAUCCAAUCUUCGCAGGUUUGGAGUUAACUAAUGCUGAGGUGAAUAGAUGUCUUCUUGGGGAAAUAUGGGCAAUCUUUUUUGUCAUUUUGCCCUGUUGUUUCCUGCUUUGAGUAUGAUCAAAGGCAAAGCCAGAAUCAUCCAGUCGUCAAAAUGUAUUGGCUCUCGCAGACAUGGUAUUUGAUAUAUUUUUUUGCCAUUGUCAAGAAGAAAAUUAAAAUUCAGCAUGGAAUUAGCAUUUCUCAUUCACGUUCUUGCACUACAUUUAUACAGAAUUGUCCCAAAUCAUUUUCGAUGCUUUUUUAGUGUUUGUAUGUUUUAACUUUAAAAAAAAAAAAAGAUCUAAUUAAGACCUAUUCAUCACUAGAUAGUUAAUCAUAAUUGGAGGCAGAAUAAUUUAUGAGUUGUAAUCCCAUUUUAUUUGAAGUUUGGUAUUGCUAAUUCCAUUUUAUCUAAUACCUAAUUAACUUCAUAAAGCCUUCAUCAAAAUAAAAUUAAAUAAAAUAAAAAACUUAAAAAGCCAUAUGGUAACGAAGUGGCUUGAGGUACUUCUGUAUCUAAUAGUAAUAUUACUUUUCACAGUAAAUAUGGGGUAAUUGUUGGUGGUAGUAGGUAAU